AUGAGUUCCAGCUCGGAUUUGGUGAGGUUUGUUGAGUCGGUGUUGGGAGUAUCGUUAGGGGGUUCGGUGACGGAUUCUAUGAUAGUGAUCGCAACGACGUCUUUGGCGGUGAUUCUGGGGCUCUUGGUGUUUCUCUGGAAAAAAUCGGCUUCUGAACGUAGCCACGAUGUCAAGCCGUUGGUCGCCCCUAAGCCUGUUUCACUCAAGGACGAUGAAGAUGAUGACGCCGUUAUCGUCACUGGUAAAACUAAAGUUACCAUAUUUUACGGCACUCAGACGGGAACCGCUGAGGGAUUUGCUAAGGCUUUGGCAGAAGAGAUCAAGGCAAGAUAUGAGAAAGCAGCUGUCAAAGUUGUUGACCUGGAUGAUUAUGCUCUGGAUGAUGAGCAAUAUGAAGAGAAGCUCAAAAAGGAGACUUUGGCUUUUUUCAUGGUGGCCACUUAUGGAGAUGGCGAGCCAACUGAUAAUGCUGCUAGAUUUUACAAAUGGUUUACUGAGGGAAAUGAAAGGGAGCCCUGGCUUCAACAACUGACAUAUGGUGUUUUUGGUCUGGGUAACCGUCAAUAUGAACAUUUUAAUAAGAUAGCAAAGGUGCUGGAUGAGCAAUUUUCUGAACAAGGUGCUAAACGUCUUAUCCAAGUUGGUCUUGGUGAUGAUGAUCAAUGUAUUGAAGAUGAUUUUACUGCUUGGAGGGAAAUGCUGUGGCCAGAGUUAGAUCAAUUGCUUAGAGAUGAGGAUGAUGCAAAUACUGUCUCUACCCCAUAUACAGCUGCUAUUCCUGAAUAUCGAGUAGUGCUUCAUGAUCCUGCUGUGAUGCACAUUGAGGAUAAUUACUCAAACAUGGCAAAUGGGAAUGCUUCAUAUGACAUCCACCAUCCAUGCAGAGUUAAUGUUGCUGUUCAGAGAGAGCUUCACAAGCCUGAAUCUGAUCGUUCUUGCAUACAUCUGGAGUUCGACAUAUCUGGGACUGGAAUUAUAUAUGAAACUGGAGACCAUGUUGGUGUAUAUACUGACAAUUGCAUAGAGACUGUGGAGGAAGCUGCAAGAUUGUUGGGUCAACCUCUGGAUUUACUGUUUUCUGUGCACACUGACAACGAGGAUGGCACAUCCCUUGGAAGCUCACUGCCACCGCCUUUCCCCGGUCCCUGUACACUUCGUACAGCAUUGGCACGAUAUUCAGAUCUCUUAAACCCUCCACGAAAGGCUGCUUUGAUUGCCUUGGCUGCUCAUGCCACUGAACCCAGUGAAGCAGAAAGACUUAAGUUUUUAUCAUCACCUCUGGGGAAGGAUGAGUACUCACAAUGGGUUGUUGGAAGUCAGAGAAGUCUUCUUGAGGUUAUGGCUGAGUUCCCAUCAGCAAAAGCUCCCCUUGGUGUAUUUUUUGCUGCGGUAGCCCCUCGUUUACAGCCUCGUUAUUAUUCUAUCUCAUCCUCUCCUAGAUUUGUGCCCCAUAGAGUUCAUGUAACCUGUGCUUUAGUUUAUGGCCCAACUCCAACUGGAAGAAUUCACCGGGGGGUGUGUUCAACCUGGAUGAAGAAUGCAGUUCCUUUCGAGAAAAGCCAUGAUUGUAGCUGGGCUCCUAUUUUUAUCAGGCAAUCUAAUUUCAAGCUGCCAGCAGCUUCAAUUCCAGUUAUCAUGAUUGGACCUGGGACUGGAUUGGCACCUUUCAGAGGUUUUCUACAGGAAAGAAUGGUCCUUAAAGAAGAUGGUGCACAACUUGGUCCCUCCCUACUCUUUUUUGGAUGUAGGAACCGACGAAUGGAUUUUAUUUAUGAGGAUGAGCUCAAUAACUUUGUGGAACAAGGUGCCCUGUCUGAGCUCAUUCUUGCAUUCUCACGAGAGGGGCCACAAAAGGAAUAUGUUCAACAUCAGAUGAUGGAUAAAGCAGCAUAUAUGUGGAGCCUAGUUUCUAAGGGAGGAUAUCUUUAUGUAUGUGGUGAUGCUAAGGGUAUGGCAAGAGAUGUUCAUCGCACGUUGCACACCAUUGUUCAGGAGCAGGAAAGCGUGGAUUCAUCAAAGGCAGAAUCUAUGGUGAAGAAACUCCAGAUGGAAGGACGAUAUCUUAGAGAUGUCUGGUGAUGCUGGCCAUUUUCAUUUUCUCUGAGGUUCUUUACAACAUCCGUGCCAAAUAUGGUGGUGGAUUUCUUUUCUAGCUUUAGCUUCUUUUACUGGUUCAUCCCUGCCCUUCUGGAGUAAAAGCAGCCGGUUGGAUAGUGAUAGCGGAAACAUAAUCUGGUUUCAUCUUGUGAUGAGAGCCGUUUGCUAGAUGUUAAUCCCCCAUUUCUUUCUUUUAAAAAUAAUAUUCAGUUAGAAGGAUCUUUUGGUUUUCAGACUUCCCCAUCUUCAUUCAAAAUUCAAAUAGGGAAAACUAUGAUAGCUAGUUACAAGGAUGUCAAAACAUAGUCAAAGCUGUUUCUAGGUUAUUUUGGAUGGUUAUCAUUCGUGGUUGUUUUUCCAAAAGUAUUGUCUCUUAAACUAGAAAAACUAAGGCCUAUUUGGGCAUGGUGAAUAAAUAAAAAAAGGGGGAGAAAAAUAGAAAAUGUGCAUGGUUUGUGAA